UCCCACGCCCCCUCACGCGCAUGCGGAGUGAGGUCACUGGGACGUGGUCGGCCGUUGGACGGGAACAGCGGCGCGCUAUUUGAAAACAAGGGAGUCGUUGGUGAGCGGUGCGCGGGGUCGGAUUUUUGUUCAGGGAUAAGACUGUUAAAAGGAAUGGCGUCAGGACUAAUUUCUCCAAAUGUACUCUCUGAUGAUGAGGAGGUCGGUGUUUGGGAAUCGACUGCUGUUGAUACAUUGAAUGGGGCCAUUGUGAAAAAACAAUUGUUGCCAGAACUCUCUGUCAUCUCACCAGGAACGAACACACCAAAUUGUGGUGAUGCAGGGCAAGUCCCUGUAGAGACGGUUCCAGAAGAGAGAGUGAAGGUUUACCUCCGGGUUAGACCAUUCACGGAGUCUGAGCUCGAGAAAGGAGAAUCGCAGGAUUGUGUUCUCAUUGAGGAUUCUGAAACACUUUUACUGCGAGCUCCCAAGGACUCAUUUGCCAUGCGGAGCUCGGAGCGCGGAAUUGGCCAGGCUGUACAUAAAUUCACCUUCUCUCAGAUAUUUCGCCCUGAGACAAACCAGAAAAUAGUCUUUGAUGUUGUCAUGAAGAACUUGGUAAAGGAAGCACUGGAGGGACAGAAUUGUUUGGUUUAUACCUAUGGUGUAACAAACUCUGGCAAAACCUACACCAUUCAAGGCAGCAGGCGUGACAAUGGCAUUCUCCCUCGAUCACUGGCCAUGAUAUUCAACAGCAUCCAGGGAAAACUAUAUCCCAGGAUGGACCUGAAGCCUAACCUCUGUAAUGAUGUAAUUAAGCUGGAUAACAAGAUGGUGAGGCAAGAAGAGCUGAAGAAGCUUUCAUUACUUGGUGCCAGAGAGGAUCUGCAAACUCCAUUGAAGAAGAACUUGAGCACAGAGUUUACACUGAGAGCAGCUGUCAGCUGUGAUUCUGAUAGUGGUAUUGGAGGCAUGUCCCCUGUCAGUAAUGUGGAAGAGUCUGCAUCUCGCUGGGCUGAUCGUGAUACAGUUAUUCUACGUCAGGAACAGAAUGUACACUACUCCAUUUGGGUCUCCUUCUUUGAGAUUUACAAUGAACUCACGUAUGACUUGCUGGACACAAGUCCCACUGCAAAUGGCAAACGACAAACCUUAAAGCUGUGUGAGGAUAAGAAUGGAAGUAGCUAUGUAAAAGAUCUCACCUGGAUCAAUGUGAUGGAUGCUGAAGAAGCCUGGAAAAUACUGAAAAUUGGGCGUAAAAACCAAAGUAUGGCCAGCACGCACAUAAACCAAAACUCCAGCAGGAGCCACAGUAUCUUCUCUAUUCGGAUCCUGCACGUGUCUGAAGAUUGGAAGGCUGUUCUUAAAACCAGCGAGUAA